AUGACGUGUUUCCAGCUCGAGCGCCGCCACUCACCUCAGGUCCGCUCGGUUCCGCGGCCGGGCCAACCGCCGCCGCCACCUCCUGCCGCCCAAUUCAAACACAAGCGGCCCGCCCCCUCCCGCCGCCUCAUUGGCCGCUGCCCUCAUGACGUCAGCAGCGCGACAGUAAGCGCUGGAGAAAUCGCUGGCCGCGCGAUUGAACUUUUGCUGGGGCCUGCUGGUCUUAGCCGGCGCCACUUUGUGUUGUCGGGCUCGACUGUACCCCGACCCGGCUGCCGAGGGUGGGAGAGCCCCUGGAUUACGGCCCCGCCGUGUCUGUGCCAAGUUUACAAAUGUUUCUUUCUGCGCAACUUAGAACCAAAUUCAAUAAAUGUGGCUUCUUUGGCCAGAACGAUCCAUUCUUCAGCAAAAAAGCUUUUUGAUUCUGAGUUAAAAGAACAAACUGUCCAGAAGUGUGCAACUGAAGAGUUACCUGAAAGUGCAGAAAACAAUGAUUUUGGAAGAUUACACAUACCAGUGAUGUUGGAGGAGGUUAUUAAUUGUUUAUCCCCCCAGCCUGGCCAGUGUUUCCUUGAUAUGACAUUUGGAGCCGGAGGUCAUACUAGAGCUCUUCUGGAGAAAGCCAGCAACAUUACAGUCUAUGCACUAGACAGGGACCCUACAGCUCAUAAAAUAGCUCAACAGCUUUCAGAAUUAUACCCGAAACAGAUUCAAGCUCUUCUAGGACAGUUUAGCCAGUUACAGGAUUUGCUAAUCUCCUCUGGAGUUGAGCCAGGGACUCUAGAUGGAGUUCUCUUGGAUGCUGGCUGUUCUUCAAUGCAAUUUGAUACACCUGAAAGAGGGUUUUCCCUGAAGAAGGAUGGACCUUUGGACAUGAGGAUGGAUAAUGAUAGGUACCCUGACAUGCCCACUGCUGCUGAUGUUGUGAAUGCUUUAGAUCAACAGGCGCUUGCGUCCAUCCUGAGAACAUACGGGGAGGAGAGGCACGCCAAGAAAAUCGCUUCAGCCAUCGUUCAGGCACGCAGCAUAUACCCCAUCACCAGAACUCAGCAGCUUGCAAGCAUUGUUGCAGGUGCUUUUCCAGCCUCAGCACUGUAUGCACGAAAAGAUUUGCUUCAGAGACCCACACACGUUGCUACCAAAACCUUUCAAGGCCUGCGGAUCUUUGUAAAUGAUGAGCUCCAUGAACUCUUUAUAGGGCUGAAGACAGCUGAGAAAUUCCUCAAACCUGGAGGUCGCCUUGUAGCCCUCUCCUUUCAUUCCCUAGAAGAUCGUAUCAUCAAACGUUUUCUUCAUGGGAUAGACAUGACAGAAAAGUACAAUCUUGGCGCAAGGCAGAAGAUAAGACAGGCUCUGAAAAAUUGCUCCAAAGAAGAUACACAAGAAGUUCCCCAUGUAAAAUCUAACUCAAGGUGGAGUUUUAUACAGAAAAAAGUUCUCAAACCCCAGGCCAAGGACACUCAAAUAAACCCAAGAGGAAGGUCGGCCAAGCUACGAGCUGCUAUUAAACUCUAAACCAAGAUAUAUUAUAAUUGUGUCAUUUUCUUAAAUCUUGUGUUCCAGAUGUCUAACUGGACAGAGAGUAUCAAACUAAAAAAAAAAAAAAAAUAAGGCCAUCAGAAAACAUUUCUUUCUUACCUUUGUGCUUAUUGGAAUGUACUAUAGAACAUCAGAAGGUUAAAUAAAGAUAAGUAGGUGUCACUAAUUGUGUAGAAAAGACAUCUUUAUAAAGUCAAAGUUUAUGAAAGUUAAAAGGUUUGUAUUCACAGUAUUUCGUUUAGAUUAAGUUCAAAAGGCUGACAUGAACAGUCAAAGUUAAGUAGCUGAUUGAGACUGUCAGAAGCAUUUUUAUAGGGGUGGAUUUCACACCCUAGGCAGGUCACUGGUUUUGUCUAGAGUAAGUUUAAACCAAGCUAAGAAUUCAAGAUAUACAUCUCUUGAUUUUAAUUGACUUGUUACAUGAAUGACUGUGGGACAAGAGCUAGUUCUUUAAUAAGUGCAUAUCAGUAUGUAAUGUUCUAUCCAGGACUUUGUAAAUGGGCUUGUGCUUUUUUAAAAAAAUAAGUAAAUAUUUACUUCUGAGUGAUCACCUGGUUAUUUGAAGUUUAUGAGUUCUGAAUAAUAAAAGUGUCUUGGGGAAAAAAGAUACUUAAAAGACCAGUAUUUGCACUUU